AUGAGGCUGUGGGGUCUUCUCCUCUGCCUGGUGACAGCUCCCCAAGGUGUGCUGUCUGACGUGACACUGCAGGAGUCGGGCCCAGGACUGGUGAAGCCCUCGCAGACCCUCUCCCUCACCUGUGCUGUCUCUGGAGUCUCCAUCACAACCAGUUAUUAUGGCUACAGCUGGAUCCGCCAGGCCUCGGGGAAGGGACUCGAGUGGAUGGGGGGCAUAGAUUAUGAUGGUGACAAGUACUACAGCCCAUCCCUCAAGAGCCGCACCUCCAUCUCCAGAGACACGUCCAAGAACCAGAUCUCCCUGCAGCUGAGCUCUGUGACCCCCGAGGACACGGCCGUGUAUUACUGUGCAAGCUGCACAGUGAGGGGAAGUCCGUGUGAGCCCAGACACAAACCUCCCUGCACGGGGCCCAUCCCCACCAGGGGGGCUCAGGACCCACCGAGCACAGGGCUGAGCCCAGGAGCAGCCCUGACCGUGCAGCUCUGGGACAGGAGCCCCAGGGCCGGGAUUCCCAGGUGCCCCCACCCAGGGCUCAGGACUGAACUCAGCCGACUCACCAUGGAGUUCUGGCUGAGCCGGGCUGUCCUCGUUGCUAUUUUACAAGGUGUCCACUGUGAGGAGCAGCUGGUGGCGUCUGGAGGAGGCUUGCUGCCGCCUGGGGGGUCUCUGAGACUCUCCUGUGCAGCUUCUGGAUUCACCUUUGCUGAUCAUGCCGUGAGCUGGUUCCGCCAGGCUCCAGGGAAGGGACUGGAGGGGGUCGCAGCCAUUAGUGGUGAUGGUAGUCACACAUCCUAUGCAGACGCCGUGAAGGGCGGAUUCCCCAUCUCCAGGGACAACUCCAAGAACACAGUGACUCUGCAAACACACAGCCUGGGAGCCGAGGACACAGCCGUGUAUUACUGUGCACGUGACACAGUGAGGGGAUGUCUCUGUGAGCCCAGACACACACCUCCUACAGGGAGACUGGAGGAGGUGCAGGGGGUGCUCAGGACCCCUUUCUGGUGGGAGGGCCUCUCAGGACUCAGCAAUUUUGCCUUCGGCCCCAGGAGCAGGUGCAGAUGGUAA